AUGGGUUUCUGGUGUUUGCGUCUCCCCACAGCAACCAGAAGGGGGAGCAGCGGGUCAAAAUUAAGGAGCUUUCAGCCAGUUGGGAAGUCACAUGAGAAGGAAGGAUGGGUUUGUGGUGUUUGCGUCUCCCCACAGCAACCAGAAGGGGGAGCAGCGGGUCAAAUUAAGGGAUGGACGAUGUCAACUGAGAGCAGAACCCAGCAGCGUGUGAAAGGCGUACCUGAGCUGUACAAACAGGGCAGCCCUGUAUUUAAGAGAAGUCCCAACAUCACAAAGUCUCCACUCACAAAGUCAGAGCAGCUUCUCAGAAUAGAUGAUCACGACUUCACCACGAGACCUGGAUUUGGGGGUCCUGCAAUACCAGUGGGCGUUGAAGUACAAGUGGAAAGUUUAGACAGUUUUUCAGAGGUUAAUAUGGACUUCACUAAGACACUACUGGAAAGAUGAGCGCUUCUCCUUCCCCAGUUCCAACAAUCAGAGAAUGAUGUUUGAUGGCCGGCUAGUGAAAAAGAUUUGGGUUACCGACAUGUUCUUUUUUCAUUCCAAGAGAUCCUUUAUUCAUGAUACAACAACAGGAUGUACAUCAACUUUACAUUAUGGCGCCACAUCUUCUUCUUUCUCCUACAACCAGCAACCCUGAUGGUGAUGCUCUCUUGGGUGUCUUUCUGGAUAGAUCGCAGGGCAGUUCCUGCCAGAGUUCCCUUAGAUAAUACAGCAGACUCAUCAUGUGGCAGCAGAUGAACAAAUUCAAGAGACAGACAAGUGGAAAAAACUUGCACAACAGAAGAAUACAGAACUAGAAAAAUUCCGAAACAGAGCUGGAUACAAUAUUGGAUGUUCUGAGAAUGCUCCAAAAACAAGGUGUUGUUAUUCCUGCAGUAACCUCUCAAAGAACGGUUACAUAAGCCUGCUGGAGAGUACCACCUGCUUUAACUUACCCCCAUAAGUUAUAAGACACUCUUUGUACUAUAUAUAUUGCAUAUAUUAUACUAUAUAUAUUGCACUAGUAUAUAUAGUCUGUAAAUAUUUAUUAUAUAUAUAAAUUAUACAAAGAAACACAAUAUUUUUAACAAUUUAUUUAAACAAAUGUGUUUGCAUAAAUUUUUUUCAAAAA